GAAAUUAUGUGAUUCUUUUAAUAAAAUGAAACGGACCUCUCUGAUUUUUACACUUUGGUGUCCUUUGGUUUAAGAGCAAGCACUAAAUUAGGACCAUUCAAAUUUUGACACCCCUUAUCCCCAUCUCCCCAACUUUGCUUCCCUGGUAAAUUUAGCUCAGGGCCAAACUCUCUGAAGUCGUUUGCUGGUUAAUUCUAUAUAUAAAGAUCGUGUUAUUAUGUAUAAUCACACCAAAUAUUUCAUCCCCCUACCAUAUACUUUUACCACCAUGAUUAAUGUUUUUCUUCGAUUCAUCGGUCCCUUGAUUUUGGUACUAGAAACCUCAGCAAUAUUUGCAUAUUCAUUCUCAAACAAUGUUACUGAUCACCAAUCUUUGCUUUCUUUUAAAACUGCAGCUGAUCCAGUGGGUGUGCUGAAAUCAUGGAAUGACUCCAUCCACUUCUGCCACUGGGAAGGCAUUGCAUGCAGCCGGAGACGACAGAGGGUAACGGCAUUAGUCCUUCCCAAUUAUCAACUGGGGGGUACAUUGUCUCCUCAUAUCGGUAACUUCUCCUUUCUCAGAGUUCUUAACCUCUCUCACAACGACUUUCAUGGCACAAUUCCAAAUGAAAUUGGUAAACUUUUUCGCCUACAAAAUCUUUUUAUUACAGACAAUUCUUUUCAAGGUGAAUUUCCUGCGAAUAUGAGUCAUUGUGUAGAUUUGGAAUCCAUAAGUGCGACAAAGAACCAUCUAAAAGGAAAUUUACCUGCAGUGCUAGCAUCUUGGUCUAAGCUUAAGCUUAAUCGCCUUUUUCUUCCAGAUAAUCAGUUUACUGGCUCAAUUCCACCUUCAAUAGAGAAUAUAUCAUCUCUCCGUUAUCUUGACCUACGCAAAAACAAUUUAGAGGGGUUCAUACCUUUGGAAGUUGCUCAUCUUGCAAACUUGGAGGAUCUUUUAUUGGGAUCAAACAAUUUAUCGGGUAUGGUUCCCCUACCAAUCUAUAACAUUUCAUCCCUCCGCAGGUUUGAUCUAGAUGAUAAUAAUUUUGGAGGAAAGCUUCCCGCAGACCUGGGCUCCACCCUUCCCAACCUCCAAGAAUUCUACAUUGGACUUAAUAGAUUUUGGGGAUCGUUUCCACUGUCAAUAACUAAUGCGUCAAAUCUUUUUAUCUUUGACAUGUCAUAUAACCAUAUAACUGGCCCUUUACCAAUGAAUUUCGGAAGCCUGUCUCAUCUUAAAAUAAUAAAUCUUGGCGGCAAUCCACUUGGAGAUAAUCAACCACUGAGUUUCAUCAACUCUUUGGUCAAUUGUACCAAUCUUUAUGCAUUGAUGUUAUUCCAAAAUGGUUUAAGAGGUGAAAUCCCAAGUUCCAUUGUAAAUCUCUCCAGAAGUACAGAGAUACUGGUUUUAGAAGAAAACCACAUGUACGGAAUGAUACCCUCUGGAAUCGGAAACCUUGUGAACAUGAUAACACUUUCAUUGGAAUACAACUCCUUAUCAGGGACCAUUCCAGAAUCAAUUGGAGAGUUGUCCAAGUUAGGCAGACUAUUUUUGGGUGAAAAUAAUAUUUCAGGAGUGAUUCCGAUUUCCUUUUCCAACGUCAGUCAAUUGAGUAUUCUCCAUUUAGAGAAUAAUUUGUUUCGAGGAAGCAUACCUACUGAAUUGUUUAAUAUUUCAACUUUAGAGCAACUGUACCUUGCUAAGAAUGACCUUGAAGGUGUAAUACCUGAGCAAAUUGUUGGAAUUUCUUCCCGGUGUAAUCACCUUGACUUGAACGACAAUCUGUUCACAGGACCACUACCGUCCAGCAUAGGAACCAUGAAACAGUUGGUUUAUCUAGAUGUGUCCAACAACAGAUUGAUUAGGGAUAUACCAGCUACUUUGGGUGAUUGUGUGAUGCUGGAAGAGCUAUAUAUGGGAGGAAACCUUUUUGAAGGUGGGAUUCCAUAUUCUUUCAAACCUUUAAGAAGCCUUGCUCUUCUGGACCUUUCAAACAAUAGUAUCUCUGGACGUAUUCCAGACUUUUUUGAAGGGUUUCAUUUAAUUCAAUUCGUCAAUUUAUCACACAACAAGCUUGAAGGUGAAGUGCCAAAAGAAGGUGUGUUUUCAAAUGUCAGUGCCUUUUCGGUCAUUGGAAAUUCACGGCUUUGUGGAGGUAUUCGGGCAUUACAAUUGCCUGCUUGUCCUGAAAUAGUAUCAAAGAGCAAGAAAAGGAGAUAUCCCCUGAGGACAUUAUUCCUUAUAGUUCUUCUCCCUGUUGUUGUCUUGUUAACAUGUCUUGCCUUCAUUCGAUAUCGACAACGAAGAUCCAAACAAAUGAAUGUUCAUGUCCCGGUAUUACAAGAAAGCCUAUACCUCAGGCUUUCAUACCAAGAUCUUCUGCAAGCCACAAAUAAUUUCUCCCCAAAUAAUUUGCUUGGUGUAGGAAGAUAUGGUUCGGUUUACAAAGGAGUUUUUGAAUCUUUAGAACAUACUGUUGCUGUGAAGGUACUGAACAUUGAAGUACGUGGCGCCACAAAGAGUUUUUUGGCAGAGUGUGAAACACUGAGAAACAUUCGUCACCGAAAUCUCAUCAAGAUCAUCACAGCAUGCUCCAGCACUGAUUUUAAUGGCAAUGACUUCAAGGCACUGGUCUUUGAGUUCAUGACAAAUGGGAAUUUAGACAACUGGUUACACCUAAGUCCUUCUGGCCAAGGAAAUGGUAGAAACUUGACCCUACUCCAGAGACUAAAUAUAUCCAUCGAUGUUGCACAGGGGUUGGAUUACUUGCAUCACCACAGCCACUCAAGUAUCAUUCAUUGCGACAUAAAGCCAAGUAAUAUUCUUCUUGAUGAGGAAUUUGUUGCUCGUGUUGGUGAUUUUGGUUUGGCGAGAUUCUCUUUUCCUGCAAGAGAUGAUGUUAAAGAACUAAUGAGUUCCAAUAGUUCCAAUAGUGUCUGUGGAACAGUUGGAUAUGUCCCGCCAGAAUAUGGAGCAGGUGGGAAGUUAUCCAUAAAGGGAGAUGUGUAUAGCUAUGGAAUCCUUUUGCUGGAAAUAUUCACCGGAAAACGCCCUACAUGUAGUAGCAUAAUAAUGGACAACUGUGAUAAUCUUCACAACUACGUGAAGAAGGCACAUCCGCAAAGGGUUAUAGACAUUGUUGAUCCAAAAAUCGUACUAGAUCAAGAAGACCGUGGUUUAACUGCAAGUCAAUCAUACAACAGGGUAACCGCAGAGGAAGUAUGCUUGACUUCAAUAUUUGAAGUGGGGAUAUUAUGUUCAAAAGAAAUACCCCGAGAACGCAUUGACAUGAGUACUGCUAUUAAACGGUUAAAUGUGGCAAGAGAAAAUUAUCUGCAGCAUAUCACUUGCGUAAAAUACCCGUAUAAAUAAAUUGUUCCAGGCUUUAUAUCCCUGUAUAUUUAUAUGUGUAUAUUUCAGUCACAUUGUUCCAGCCCCGAAUGUUCUCUAAAAAUGAUAUAAUGAAUUUUUUUGAGCCCCGGGUAAGUUUCAAAAAUCUUUGUAUUAACUGAUAUUUUUCCUUCAAUCAAAUGUUGUUAAAUAUUUGAGCCCCCAAUAUUUUUUGAGCCCCGG